UGUUAACGUGAAAAAAUUGGCUGGACGACGACUGCCGCUGCUGGCGAGGUGCGCGGUCGAAGUUCUUGUAAACUGCUCUUGCCGUGCGCGUCGCUCCGACGUGUGUUGUGAUCGCGUUUCCAUAAAAAUAUAGGUAAUAACAUUAUUUUAACGCUCUCGUGUCCGCACCAACUCACCGAUUGCCGAUUAUUAUUAUUAUCGUUAUUAUCGUUGCAUUUACCGUUACGUACAAAAACGAGCGCGCAUUCGUGCAAUAUUAUAAUAAUACUAUGAACGUUAAGCCAAUAUAGCUUUGAGGGUGCCUACUCUUGGAUUUAAAUUUAACUCUCGACUUGAUUAGGUAGAUACUCACGUAUUUGAUUCGCGAUUGUCGUCGUCUGUCGAUCGAUAUGCGUUCAAUCGCGUGAUUCGUCGUUCUCAUGACAAUUCGCAUCGGUUUUCGGACACGAUCUGACGCAGAGAAAAAUGGAUUUAAGCGGUUGCGUUGUUGGACCUCAAACCAGUGGUGGAUCUAGUCAGAUUUAGAAAACUACGGGUCAUCCAACGUUUGUAGUUUUUAAUUUGACCCAUCAAGAGAGUAAUGUUCUGAAGCUAAGAGAGGCUAUUUGCAUUUAGUAAACAUAGGUACCUAUUAAAAACAUCUAGAACUAGAUUAGCUGACCUUCUCAACCUCUCCAUAGAUCCACCACUGAUUUAAACCCAAAUUGUCACUGGAUACCAUAUCUACAUCUUUUAAAAUGUAUUUGUAUUAUUAACAAUUUUGCUGAAUCCAAUUUAGUUUGAAACAUUUGGUGAGAAUAAUCCAAUAUGCUGAUCAAGGAAUACCGUAUUCCACUCCCGCUCAGUGUGGAAGAAUACAGAAUUGCUCAGCUUUAUAUGAUAGCUAAAAAAAGUAGAGAAGAAAGCAAAGGGGCUGAUAGUGGUGUUGAAAUAUUAGUUAAUGAACCUUAUGAAGGUGGCCCUGGUGGCGAUGGAAAUACUGGUGGUGGUCAGUAUACAAGAAAAAUUUAUCAUGUUGGGAGCCACUUACCAGGCUGGUUUAAAGGACUAUUACCAAAAUCAGCAUUAUCCGUUGAAGAAGAAGCGUGGAAUGCAUAUCCAUACACGAAAACUCGAUAUACUUGCCCAUUUGUAGAAAAAUUUUCGUUAGAAAUUGAAACUUAUUAUUAUCCUGAUAAUGGAACUCAUGAUAAUGUUUUCAAAAUGUCUCAAAGUGAAGUUCGAAAUGUUUCUGUUGAUAUAAUAGACAUAGUUAAAGACCAAUUAUAUGGGGCAGAUUACAUUAAAGAAGAAGAUCCAAAAUCAUAUGUAAGUGAUAAAACAGGUCGAGGCCCACUGUCAGAAAAUUGGAUAUCAGAGUACUGGAAAGAAUGUCAAAAUAAAAGUAUGCCCACAUCAUCAGGAAAAUCUAUUAUGUGUGCAUACAAAUUGUGCAAAGUAGAAUUUCGUUAUUGGGGUAUGCAGACAAAAAUCGAAAAAUUCAUUCAUGAAGUUGCUCUGAGGAAAACUAUGGUUCGAGCACAUCGUCAAGCAUGGGCAUGGCAAGAUGAAUGGGUAAAUCUAACAAUGGAUGAUAUACGUCAGAUUGAGCGUCAAACUCAAGAAGCUCUUAAACGAAAAAUGGGUAGUAGUAGCAGUGGCUCUGAGAUUUGUGAAGGAAAUGACUCUGUAGAUGAUACAAAAACUGCCACUAAUUUAGCUGCCACAAUGGGUAGUAUAGAAAAAAGUGAUCUAGAAGUAGCCACACCUGUUACAUCAAAACGAAUGCAAGAUUCAACCCUAUAUUCUCCAGCACCGUGUGUUUCUAGCAGUUCUGACACCAUAUCAAGCAGUGUUCAACAAUCAUCAAGCAUGCGAAUACCUGUGAAAAAGAAUUGGAAUAAUUCCAAACCACAAAUACCUUCACCAGGAUCUACUCAAAGUUUUGAUACUGCGCCUAAUUGGAGAAUGGAAAGUUUGAUUCGAGAUUCAGAUUCAGAUCUGAGUAAUGAUGAUGAAUUUUUUGAUUGUCAAGAAACUUUACCAACUUCAGAAAUUGUUUCUCUCUCUAAAUGGAGUUCUUUAACAAUAUUAAAUGAACAAGAAUAUGAUUCAUCCAGUAUUCCUGACAAAGAAGAAGAUAGUAUAUUCUCUCCUACAUAUAAAAAGUCUUCUCCUUUUAUUCAGCGUGGUCACAGUGUUGAUACAUGUCCAGGUUCACCAGUAAUUAGUAAAGAAAACAAUUGUCAAAUAAGUACACUUUUGAUGAUUAUACAUUCCGGUAGUGUACUAGAUGCUAAUUCCGAUAUUAUGGCAAAGAAAUCAGAUUUCACUACAUUUAGGGGAGCAUUUGAAUCAGUCAUGCGACAACACUACCCAAAUAUGAUUGGUCAUGUUGCAAUGAGACUUAUUCCUUGUCCGUCUAUAUGUGCUGAAGGACUUAGUGUUUUAUCAAAGUUGAGUCCUUACAGUUUUGAUGUAUCUCCAUCUGGUAUGGAAUGCACAAAUAUUACCCAUGAUUCCGUCCCAAUAGGUGCUAUUCCUAUACUAGCAGGUUGCUCGCAUGAUUAUAAAGACAUAGUAUCUAAUGUUAUCCGUAUGGCAAAUCAAGUUUAUCGAGAAUUUAUAAAGUCAGAUGAAGGUUUUGGAUUUAAUGGCAGAGUUUAUUUUAUAGGAGAUUCUAUGGGAUCUGUAAUAGGAUAUGAUGCUUUGUGUAGAAGUCCUGAUUCUCAUUUGUCACAUGACGCAAGUAGACACAGCACUCCAGAACAUGUGCUGAAAAAAAGUGACAAUGAUGAUUGCACUUCAUUAGGUAGUAUGGACUCUUCUUUUAAGGUUUUAGUUACUCCACCAGUUAGAAGAAGAUCAUCAUCCACAAGUGACAGUAAUGUAUGUUUGGACUUUGAAGUUAACGAAAUGUUUAUGUUUGCAUCUCCGUUGUCACUUGUAUUAGCAUUUAGAAAAAUUUCAGCACAUAAAUAUGAUAAGUCAACUUCAAUUCAACGUCCAGCAUUACAACAAGUCUACAAUUUAUUUCAUCCAUCUGAUCCUAUUGCAUCUAGAUUAGAACCAUUAAUUUCUGCAAAAUUUUCAAUUCUGCCCCCCGUUAACAUCCCACGAUAUCAAAAAUAUCCUCUUGGAACAGGACAACCAUACUAUUUAUUAGAAGCAGUGCAAACAAAUCCUCAAUUGUUUACCGAACACAAUCAUGCCAGGCGUACGUCUGAAGCAAGUAUUCUGAGUACAGUUUCCGGGAUAGCCGAUACACUUCCAAUUCAAGCAAUAAACAAAUUGACAAAAAAAUGGUGGGGUUCUAAGAGAUUGGACUAUGCUUUGUAUUGUCCCGACGGAUUGUCAAAUUUCCCUACAAAUGCUUUGCCUCAUAUAUUUCAUGCUAGCUAUUGGGAAUCCUCAGAUGUCAUUGCAUUUAUUUUAAGACAAUUCGCUAUAUUUGACUAUAAUAGUUCAAUUGGAAAUGAGGAAAAAGAAAUGGCUACUUUUAGCCCUAGUCAGCCUAGAGAAAAAUGGCAGCGGAAAACAACUUUCAUUAAGAUAAAAAAUUCUACUGCAAGCCAUCGAGCAAAUGAUGUGAUAAUUCGAGAAGGUUUGUCACAGACGAUUAGUGCUCGUUUUAUAUAUGGACCAUUUGAUAUGUUUUCAUUAGCUGGGGAAAAAGUUGAUAUCCAUAUAAUUAGAGAACCCGGUAAUGGUGAAUGGACCCAUCUAACUACAGAAGAUUCAGAUAAAAAUGGACGAGUCACCUAUACAAUACCUGAAAAUAAAUCUCUUGGAUUUGGAAUAUAUCCCGUUAAAAUGGUUGUUAGAGGAGAUCAUACUAGUGUAGAUUUUCUGUUAGCUAUUGUUCCGCCUCAAACUGAAACUGUUGUAUUCAGCAUAGAUGGAUCAUUUUCUGCCAGUGUCUCUGUUACUGGCCGUGACCCAAAAGUUCGACCAGGCGCUGUUGACAUAGUGAGACACUGGCAAGAAUUGGGCUAUUUAAUAGUCUAUAUUACGGGAAGACCAGAUAUGCAACAACAACGCGUUCUGUCAUGGUUGAGUCAACAUAACUUUCCUCAUGGACUAGUUUCAUUUGCCGAUGGUCUUUCUACAGACUUCCUUGCUCACAAAAUCACAUAUCUCAAAAGCCUUGUGCAGGAUCAUAAAAUGAUAAUACACGCGGCCUAUGGAAGUAGUAAAGAUAUUUCUGUCUAUAGUGCAUUGGAUCUGAAACCAAAACAAAUAUUUAUCAUAGGCAAAGUGGGUCGUAAACAUCACUCUAUGGCAACCGUGUUGAGUGAUGGUUAUGCUGCACAUUUAUCAGCCUUACAGUGUCACGGAGGAUCUAGGCCAGCUCAAGGAAAUGCUCGGAUGCUUUUGACCUCAAGAGGACGCUUUGGACAUAAUGCUUCAAUGAGACGUAGGAGGUGUCCCGAGAAGAGAUCUGGCGACACACAUGGUUCCAAUAAUUGAUCCAUACUUGACCGCAUAUUAUGGUGCAAGUAAAUGUCAGAUCUGCAAAAAGGACAACAUCAUUUCCAAUUUGUUCAAUGACCAGAUCUACUAGUCGUAACAGAUACGAUAACCUUUGAUGUUGUUCUUGGUCGUGUUUUCAACACCAUUCCUCAGAUGGUUCCUGAUGACAGCGGCGUAAAUUAUGUCUGUGUGCAUUUAUCAAAAAAAAUUGUUACUGUAUGAUUAUUGUAAGCUGUUGUCUUUAUUGUUGUAAGCUGUUGUCAUUGUUGUCUUUUUAAACUAUAAUAUUUCUCACUUAUUAUUGUCUCAUUGUCUUUUGUCUUAAGUUCUUUGUAUGUACAUUUUUUAUGUAUUGUUACCAAUCUAGCACAUUCCUAUUUUUUAUUGAUUUUAUUAUUUUCAUUCUCCAUACUGUCCAUUAUGUUUUAUAAAUAUUAAUCAUUUCCAUUUUAUUCUUAUUUUUUAAUUGUACUAUUAAUUGUAGAUUUUUUUUUUUUAAUGUGUCAAGAUCUUGUAUCUUACCAAUCAUCAAAAAGGCUGUGCCGAGCAUAUUGACAAUGUUCAGUACAAAAUCUAGGCUGCUAAUAUUAUUGCCUUUAAUAUAUAUUAUUUUAUUUUAUUUUUUCAAUAUUAUUGUUUCUCUAAUUUUG